UCAUCCUUUAGUUCUUCCGUUUGGAAAAGGAUCAGCAGUAGUGAAUCAGACUAUUCUGACGCUGAAGGCGGCAUGCAGAGUAAAAUGAGGUCUUAUCAAGCCAAAGUUCGCCAAGGAGCUUUAGCUUGUUUUCUUUCUACUAUAAAAUCAAUAGAAAAAAAAGUUCUUUAUGGCUAUUGGUCUGCCUUUGUUCCCAAUACACCUGAACUUGGAAGCCCACAGUCUGUGUCUCUGAUGACUCUUACGUUGAAAGAUCCUUCUCCAAAGACACGUGCCUGUGCACUGCAGGUUUUAUCCGCCAUCUUGGAAGGCUCAAAGCAGUUUCUUUCUGUUGCUGAAGAUACCAGUGACCACAGAAGGGCUUUUACUCCCUUCUCCGUAAUGAUCGCUUCCAGCAUUAAAGAGUUACACAGAUGCCUUUUGUUAGCUUUGGUGGCAGAAUCAUCGUCACAAACCCUUACUCAGAUCAUUAAGUGCCUUGCAAAUUUAGUAUCAAAUGCACCUUACAACCGUCUACAACUCAGCCUGCUAACCAAAGUCUGGAACCAGAUAAAGCCUUAUAUCCGCCACAAAGAUGUUAAUGUUCGUGUGUCAAGCCUCACACUCUUGGGAGCUAUAGUGUCCACUCAUGCACCUUUACCUGAAGUCCAGCUACUUUUACAACAGCCUUGUUCUUCUGGACUCAGUAACAGCAAUUCAGCAACUCCUCAUCUGGGCCCUCCUGAUUGGUGGAAGAAAGCCCCCUCAGGACCCUCUCUAGAAGAAACCAUAAUUAACUCACCAAGGGGGUCUUCGGAGCCGUGCUGGCUCAUUCGACUUUGCAUUUCCAUUGUUACACUGCCCAAGGAGGAUUCCUGUUCUGGUAGCGAGGCUGGCUCUGUGGCAGGAAGUGCCUAUGAACCAUCCCCCAUGCGAUUGGAGGCCUUACAGGUGUUGGCUCAUCUGGCCAGGGGCUACUUUUCAAUGGCUCAGGUCUAUUUGAUGGAGCUUGGAGAGGUGAUUUGCAAAUGCAUGGGGGAAGCAGAUCCAUCUAUUCAGCUCCACGGAGCAAAGCUUCUUGAAGAAUUGGGUACAGGCUUAAUACAACAGUAUAAACCAGAUUCUACCACAGCACCUGAUCAGAGAGUGCCAGUCCUUUUGGUGGUGACGUUCUGGACUAUGAUGCUGAACGGUCCCCUGCCCAGAGCCCUCCAGAACUCAGAGCACCCGACCCUGCAGGCGAGCGCCUGUGAUGCCCUAUCUUCCAUCCUGCCAGAGGCCUUCAGCGUUCUGCCGAAUGACAGGCAGAUCCUGUGCAUCACUAUGCUGCUCGGGCUGAACGACAGUAAGAACCGCUUGGUGAAAGCUGCGACCUCCCGGGCCCUUGGAGUCUAUGUGCUUUUUCCCUGCCUCAGACAGGAUGUUAUAUUUGUUGCAGAUACUGCAAAUGCAAUAUUGAUGUCACUUCAAGACAAGUCCCUGAACGUCCGGGCCAAAGCAGCCUGGUCCCUGGGGAAUCUGACAGACACACUGAUUGUCAACAUGGAAACACCAGACCCAAGUUUCCAGGAGGAGUUCUCUGGUCUCCUGCUCUUGAAGAUGUUGCGAUCAGCCAUUGAAGCCUCCAAGGACAAAGACAAGGUAAAAAGCAAUGCUGUCCGGGCCCUUGGAAAUUUGCUUCACUUUCUACAGCCAUCUCAUAUAGAAAAACCCAGAUUUACAGAAAUCAUUGAGGAGUCUAUCCAGGCCCUAAUUUCUACUGUUCUAGUGGAGGCGGCCAUGAAAGUCCGAUGGAAUGCUUGUUAUGCAAUGGGAAAUGUAUUUAAAAAUCCCUCUCUUCCAUUGGGAACUGCCCCGUGGACCUACCAGGCCUACAAUGCCCUGACAUCCGUUGUGACAUCGUGCAAGAACUUCAAAGUACGCAUCAAAUCUGCCACUGCCCUUUCCAUCCCGGGCAGGAGAGAGCAGUAUGGGUCCACUGAGCAGUUCACGCAGAUCUGGAAUGCGCUGGUCACAGCCUUACAGAAGAGUGAAGAUACCACAGACUUUUUGGAAUUCAAGUAUUGUGCCAGCUUACGGACCCAGAUCUGCCAGGCGCUGAUUCACCUCUUGAGCUUGGCCAGCGCCUCAGACCUGCCCUGCAUCAGAGAAGCCCUUGAACAGAAUGGGGACAUGGUCCGGUCCUAUAUCCUACAGUUUUUAAAAUCUGGAGCUAAAGGAGAUGACUCCGGAACAGCCCCCAGCCUGCAGGAAAGAGACCAAAUGGUGAAAUCGGCCCUGGAGCGCAUAGGCGGCAUCCAGGGACUGACUGGAGACACAGCCCAAAGGGCCGUCAUGGGUUACUUGGAAGAUAUCCUGACCGCUUAUUUAGACUCAGCUGGGUCACAAGUGGCACUCCUCGGAUUAACGAAUCCGUGACUAUCCCACCACACUCUCCAGGUGUCCAGUAUGGUUCAAGGAAGACCUGUGCUCCAGCUGCUGGUAUGUGGGCUUUAAUCGUAGGGGCAGCACCAACCCAUCUAGUAUUUAUUUAGAAUGAGUUAGCAACUAUUUAAAGUUUUCCAAAAGGGCUCUGCCACUUUGAAAGUGGUUCCACUGCAUUGGUUGUGGUCUGGGUUGUUGGGGCCUCUGCCCUGUGCCACCAGCAGCUAAGGAGCUGGGUUGUAGUGUAGCCAGGCAGCUGGGGGCUGUGGAGGGUAUUUAGUCUCAGAAAAAAAAUAGAUUUAGGAAUCAUCUGUCAGUUUGUCAUAUUGU